AUGGCCUUAAAGAGGCAGCGAUCUACAGAAAGCGAAGGGAAGACAACCAACACAAAAAUAAGGUGCAAAGGCGACGCUGUAAAGCUUAUCACGAAGCACUUAACCAGAGACGGUGAAAACCCAUCCACAUCUAAAGCAGUGGCGGCAGUCAGUGAGGUAGCCAAGAAGCACUUGACCGUGGCACUUAUUGAUCGCAGUAACCCGUUGGGACGUAUAAUGCAGGAGCAAUGGAAAGUAGUUGAGAUGAGACUACUGAAAGCUCUGUUCACAAAAAUUGACGCUGAUCCGAGCAGAAGAAUGCCUACAUUUGAUGGAGCGGGUUGGUUCAGCGGCGUCAAGAUAAUAAAAUGUAAAGACGAUCCCACUGUCAUGUGGCUUAAGCAAGCGGUGAAAAAACUUCAAGGCCUAUGGGAAGGGGCAUCUCUUGAAAUCGUGGAUCGGAGUUGCAUACCAACCAUACCGAAAGCUAAGGUGCAGAUACCGCGCACGGUCAAUCCAGAGUAUGGCUUAAAACUCCUGCAACGACAAAAUACGGAUGUUCCUACCGAUGAUUGGAAGGUGUUGAAGGUGGCUUAA